AUGGCUGGUCUGGACUUAGGUUCGGCUUCCCACUUUGUUUCUCAGUUCCAAAGAUCCUCCGCCGACCACCACCACCACCAACGACAACAAUCCGAAGAUGAUCAUCAGCCCAACCGCCACCAGUUCUCCGCCGGAAAUCCCGCCGCAGACGACGACGACGACGGCUCCCAUCCGGGUCUCGACCUGUCAAACUCCGGCGAUAUGGUGGCGCGCAGGCCGCGGGGACGCCCGGCGGGGUCCAAGAACAAGCCGAAGCCGCCGGUGAUCAUCACCCGCGAGAGCGCCAACACGCUCCGGGCCCACAUACUGGAGGUCGGCAGCGGCUGCGACGUCUUCGAGGCGGUUGCAACCUACGCGCGGAAGCGGCAGCGCGGGAUUUGCAUACUCAGCGGCACCGGCACCGUCACCAACGUCAGCCUGCGGCAGCCCGCCGCCGCCGGCAGCGUCGUCACGCUCCACGGCCGCUUCGAGAUCCUCUCCCUCUCCGGGUCCUUCCUUCCUCCGCCGGCGCCCCCCGGCGCCACCAGCCUGACAAUAUACCUGGCCGGCGGCCAGGGCCAGGUUGUCGGCGGAAACGUUGUCGGCGCUCUGAUUGCUGCCGGACCCGUCAUCAUCAUAGCCGCGUCUUUCACCAACGUGGCCUACGAGAGGCUGCCGCUCGAUGAGGAGGAAGGGCUUCAGAUGCAGACUCCGCCGCCAAGCGGCGGCGUCGGCGGCGGCGGAAGUGGAGGAGCUGGCGGCGACCAAUUUCCCGAUCCAUCGUCAAUGGGACUUCCUUUCUUCAAUUUGCCGUUGAAUAUACCCAACGGCCAGAUUCCGAUGGAUGGCGGCGGCGGCGGCGCAUGGGCCGGAAACUCCGGCGGGCGGCAGCAAUAUUAGCACUAAUAAAGGUCAGAUAAUCAUCGUCUUCUUCUUCUUCUUCGUCGGCAUAAACUUAAUUAUCAAUCCCAUGUUGUAAAUUUA